UAUAGAAGCAUAGAGGAGUGCGAGUGCCUGGCAUGGCAGGAUAAGCUCGUGCGAUUGAAACUUGAAACUGAAGAGCAGAGGAAAUCCCACACCCAAUUCCUGGCAAUUGCAACUCACAUUUUCCUUUCUGUAAGCGUAGGAUUAUGUGUUCUCUAACUCUAACCCUACCAUGUAUCCCACCAAAAAGUCUCAAAUGUUCCACUACAAUCACUCGAAAGACCACUUUUUCAUCAUAUUCAGUUCCAGUUAAAUAUAGGAGCAUCAAAAUUCGAUUACAACCUUGUAAAUGCUCUUCCACAUUAUCAUCGUCAUCGACUAAGAAACCCAACUGGGUAAGACGGGAGCGGGAUAAAGCCGAUGAGGUCUUUGAGGAGGGUGAAAGGGUUUUUUUAGUAGUUAAUUUCUACCGGUUUGUGUUCAUCAAAGACCCAGAACAGGAGGUCUCCAAACACCUUGCAUUUCUACAGGGUCGUGACAUACAUGGUCGGAUAUACAUGAAUGAACAAGGAAUCAAUGCUCAGUACAGUGGGCCAUCAGAAGAUGCUCUUGCAUACGUGAAUUGGUUAAAAGAAGAUGAGAGAUUUAAUGAUAUAUUAGUUCAGAUAUCACCUCCUGUUCACAGGCAUGCUUUCCCAAGACUCAAACUGCGGUAUAAACCUUCUCUUGUACAGUUGGAAGGAGGGGUAUCACAUCUUCCUUUAACCGACUCAUCUAUGCGAGCAACGCCUCUCACACCAUCUGAAUGGAGGAAGAGACUCGAGGAUAGAAAUGUCAUUUUAUUAGAUGUCAGAAACGGUUAUGAAUGGGAUAUUGGUCACUUUCGUGGAGCUCAACGACCAAAUGUAGACUGUUUCAGGAGCACAACUUUCGGGAUAUCUGAAUCAGAGGACGUUGCUUCAGAUCCUUUAGCUAAUGUUAACAAAGAAAAUACAGAGAUAUUAAUGUAUUGCACAGGUGGUAUUCGUUGCGACGUAUAUUCCACUAUCCUUAGACAAAGGGGUUACAAAAAGCUGUAUACAUUGAGAGGAGGAAUCUCACAUUAUCUAGAGUGUGAAGGCUCGGUGGAAUGGAUUGGAAAUUUAUUUGUUUUUGACUCUCGCCUCUCUCUACCACCACCUUCAGUAGUUAAACAUGAUGAAACCAAAGUUCAUGAUGAUGUUGUGUUUGCUAAAUGCUAUAUUUGUAAUUCACAAGUCUCGGAAUUGAGACAUCGGAAUUGUGCAAACCUGGAUUGUAAUCUGCUAUUCCUGUGUUGUUUGAAUUGCAUGGAUGAGUUAAGAGGAUGCUGUUGUUCACAAUGUACAUCUGCUGAUAGGAUUAGACCUGUGCUUUCAGGUCAUGAAAGAUACAAAAAAUGGCAUCACUAUCGCGACACAUAA